UGCCUUCUCCAAGUCCACAAAACACAUGUAGACUGGUUGGGCAAACUCCCAUGCACCCUCAAGGACCCUGCCGAGAGUAUAGAGCUGGUCCACAGUUAAUGAAAGAUAAUUACUGUAAUUUUACAUGAAUUUGAAAGUAAUUUAAGAAAACAGAAAAUGCUAUGUAUAAUUAAUUUGGUAUUUUUCUGUAAAAAAAAUAGAAAUAUACAUAGUUUGUCAUUACUGGCAUAUUACUUAAAAUAACAGGCGGAUUGUUUAUUUACAGAUAAUGUCUUCAAUUCUAGUUUUAUAAACUAUUUUUAAAAAAAUACAGUAGAAUUUUAGAGUAAAUUAACCAUAAAAAUAGGAUUUUUUUUUACAGUGUAGGAUCCCUCAGGUGUUUGGUCUCUCCUCUCCAACAUUGCCCCCAGCUUUAUCAUAGGUCACAGGGCCGUGGUGCCUUCUAACCAUCUUCUUUCUCCACCCGUUUCUCUUCCUCAUCUUGCGGCGCCUCCUUCCAGCCUUGAAGCAAGCGGACAGCGAGGGGACACUGAACGGGGCCGACAGCUUGGGCUCGGCAGGGGGCAGCAGUACGCUCGCGUCCUCCGUCAUCGAAGUGCAGUCUGAGCAGCACCACGAGCAGGAAGACGAGAAGGAUGUAACAAAAAACUUAGAAUUUGGUAUGGAGGAAGAUGACGACGAGGAGUUAGCCGCCCUCUGUGCUCCUCCUGCUUUGUCCAUCACAGAGGAGAUCCUGGAGUUCAUCAACCAGAGCCGAGCGAGGGAGGAACUGGUCUCAAAGGAGCAGGUUCUGGACCAGGUUCCUGAGAACCAACCUACAACUCGUGAGAGGAAUUUCACCUGCCCGUUGCCUCCAGUGGCCUGCAGCCCAGAGCAGAUGUUCACAAUGCAACCCCAUCAGGAGGACGACACAAGCGUUGUAAAGCAGCUUACUGGCUCUGAAAAUGGACUUGAAAGAGAAAGUGCUACCACGGUCUAUGAAGAAGAGGAACAAGAAGUGGCUCCAGAGGCCGAGGUGGAAAGCGAGAUAGAUCUUAAGGCAAUGACAGAACAAAGCCAACACGGGAACACAGUCCCUACACCAAUGCCUUCUUCCCCGGCACAGUUGUAUUCUUCCGUACCAACCGUGGAGGACAGCAAGGCAAGCGAUCACUCCCAGCAGGAGGAGACCGUCGACUGCUGCACAAACUCAGAAGAGUAUCAUCAGCCCACAAAAAGCCAUAAAGCAAAAAGAGCCUCUGCUCUUUCCAACCGUGACAAGAGGAUCAUUGAGAAAAUCAGGAGCUACUACGAGGCCGCUGCUGAGUUGGAGGAGGAUGAAUCAGGUGAAGAAGCCAGAGAAGGAGAAGGCGAGUUGUCUUCCAGGAGGAACAGUUUCUCGCAGAUCCCCAUGGGGCUAGUGAAAAAAUCAGUGUCACAGUUUGAUCUUAGUGGUCGCCAACAAGGGGACGAGAAGCAGACAACUGAACCAACCCAAACAGAAACUGGCCGUGAAGUAGCGCCUUCUACCUCUCUCCAACCUCUAGACAAUACUGAGGAUCAGGAGGCACUCGCUGAUACACCCUUAAUCGUCAUGGAUGUGAAAGAUGAAGAAAAAAACCUUGCUAACAAGUUACCAACUUCCAUCCAGUUGGAAGAAAACGAGACUCAAAAUGAGUCGAUCACCGUCAAGCCUGCUGAAACUGGGAAAGAGAUUGAGGAGGAUAAUGGAAUCAUCUGCAAAGAACAGUCAGAUGAAGAACUAAAUGAGGGAGAAGAGAGCAGUAAAGAUGAAAGUUUACAGCAAGAAGAUGUAGGUCUAAACACAGAGAACAGUGAAAUAAGUGUGAGGGUGCCUUUGGAGCACAUAGCUAUGACUGAGUCCGAAUAUAACCUAAAAGAACCUAUUGAACCACCGGGAAGUUUGAAAGAAUCCUCUAGACCUCUUUCAGAAACCCCAUCAUGUGAAAAAUCUGCAUCCACUUCGACUAGAACCAAGACAAGUAAAAACCUUGAAGAACUUCCCAGUCAAAUUCUAGUUGGACGAGGUUCCCGGCCGUCCAAGGUAGUCACCACGAACCGGGCCUUGUUUGAGGGCAAGUUAUCAGACAUCACAGGAAUUGGGUUAUUUGAGGCUAACCCUGUAGCAGACCCCUCGCUGAUGGAGAACUCUGAGCGUAUCCUCAGCAAAGUCCAAACAUUGGCCCGCAUGUACAGUGCCAAAGCCAGCACCAUGAAGGUUCCAUUGCAUCAAAAACGGGCCAUUUUUGUUCGGAACAAAAUUGGAGAUUUGACUGAACUAUCUGGUGUUUCGACUCAGACCAAAAGCCAAGCUCCGUGGGAUUUUCACAAUAAAUGUAAAACGCAAAUGAAUAAACAGCCAAAGUUUGACCAAAUAAGUCCUAGACCGACUGAUGCUGAGCCCAAAAACAAAUCGGACACCAAAACCGAAGCACAAAGACUCUUACAGACCAAAGUUCAGAGUGAUAUCAUCACAUAUCAGACAUCACCAUCCGAUCAUCAGACUGGGAACAAUUCACAAGUCCUUGCUGGAGUACAGAAUUACACCAAACCUAACAGCAACAAGCAGAACCAUAUCGUGACACAGGAGGAAAAAAGGAGUGUGGAGGAGAAUAUUAGCACACAAGCACAGAACAAAAGUAAUGAGGUCCAGGAGAAGGUGGUGCCCAAUGACCAACUUGUGUUUCUCAAAGACCAGCAAAACACAACAAAUGAAUUCAUCCUGUACCGGCCCAGGGAUUUCAUCUCAGCUCUGAACAAAGACCAAGACCAACGUAUGGAGCGUAGACAUUCUGAGACAUCGAUCACACCAGACAAAAUGCCACCUAUUUCCCCAAGAAUUUCUUCAUCCAGUGUCAACCAGGCCACCAGUAACACCGUCAGGUCAGAGCCGAGCGGAAGAACCAAUGUUUACACAGAAGACUGUCAAUCUGUUUACAGCAUUGGUCAUGACCACUCUAGUCUGUCUGCUCACUUAGCAGAUGGAAGUAUAUCCAAAGACGCAGCUGCUCAGUAUGAGUAUAAACAGGAUUUACCAGCUCAGAAAGAAAACCAUGUUCCAGCAUUCCAGAUCCCUCCAAAGUAUAGUGAGAGCACAACGCAACCAAGCCAAGACAUACACAAUGUUGGCACAGAGUCCGAGUACUUUGUCUGCACUGGACGCAGGGACGGAGAGUCAAGCCCACCAGAGUUAUCAUCAACAUCUCAAUGCCACACUUUAGUUUCGCAAGAGCCCAAACAGCCUGCAGGGGAUCCUCCUAAAGAUUCUGUAAACAUGCUAGAAGGAGGAUUUGGAGUUCUCUCUGUCUCUGGGCCCUCAAGCAAACAACAUCUCAAAGCGAUUAGUAAGACCCAGUGUGAUUUAAAGAAUUCAUCACAUACAUUUACAUCUUCCCCAGAGCUCAACAUUUCUAGACCAGCAUUCCUGAGACAUCCAGGGGGACCCAGGGGUCCAAGUCCAGUGCCGUUACUGGAAUCAAAUGCUUCCCGACCACAACCUCCAACAAUGCUGUUUGAUUAUGGUGAAGUUCUCUUCCCAGACUUGACCUGGAAACCAGACUACAAGUGUCCAGGAUCGCGCAUGUCAACUCCCGCCACACAAUGCUGCUCUCCUUCCCAGGCCUUAUCAGAUGUGUGUGAGACAUCAAAACCAACCAAAGCCACACCAGACCAGGACACAUAUGUCAUCAGGCCAAGCCUCAAACUCACAUCACCUUCUCCCCUCUCACCAACCUCCUUCCCUGCCAGAGCACCGACUUGUUCCUCACCUUUCAGGGCUAUUCCAUUAUCUUCUCCCACCCUGUGUAACGAAAGCUUUGUUCCUUCGUAUACUGUUUCACAAACUCCCACCUCUUUCCCUGCCCUUCAAUCUUCUGGAAAGAGCUUUUCCAAGCGAACUACUCCUGCCUCCUCUCUGACACCGUCCUCUGCUUUCAGUGGGAGAUCUUCUUCCAUGGAAGCAGGACCUUCUUCCUCCUCUACAAUCUCCUCCUCCCUCCACUCUCCGCCUUGCUCCUCUCCCGUUUUGUCUUCCUCCACAUUCACAAGAUCUUUAGCUGCCUCCUGUAUCAGUCAGUCCAUUAGUCAAAGUUUGGCAAAAAAAACCAGUGUCAGACAGCAAGUCCAAACUUCAAGCACACGAAAUCCCUCCUCCUCACCAUCUUCUCACCUACCACGGUGCUCCCCAUCGCCUCGGCUCCCUCCUAGCCGGGAAGGUUGCACCACACCAGCGUAUUCCCAUUUGGGGUGCACGAUAGAUGAGAAUCAACAUCCACGCUAUCUUCCAUCUUCUCUGCGCUCCACCUGUCGUUCUCCAUCAUCUGCUCCCUCACCUAUUCACUCUCUCGCUAAAAGCGCUUCUUCUUUUCCACAUAGUAGACAGGGUCAUCAGACAUCUUUGUCACCCACCUAUGCUCCAUUUCAUCAGUCCCUCAACCACCAAAUGGACGCAUCACAGAAUGUCAACAACAGCUUGCCUGCUUUCAAUACGACACACUUCAACAAUACAAGCGCUAUUUAUGAUCUUAGCAACCGGCAUUGGUCAGCCAGUCCACAGAAGAUGCAGUUAGGUAAUGGCAGCACCAGUAACACCGCUGCGCAACAAACCAAUGAUAAUUUGUCGUUUGGGUCGCACAACCGCGUAGCACGUCCUUUUUCUGCAUCCGAGCCAAACUCAAGGGUCCAAUCUCCAUCCCAAUGUGUGAGCCCUGCUUCGUUUAAUGGCCUCUGCUCCCCUCCUCCUCCACACAAUUACUCCUCCCACAUGGCAAACAGGCCUCCCCAUCCCAGAGGUUCACGGAUGGGAGGUGCGAGUUAUCAUAAUCCAUUAGGUCUAACUUUGGAGAUUCCUGAGAUCUCCACAGCAAGUCAGACUUCCCCACAAUUCAGCCCUCAAAUCCUCUCCCCGCCUCCUAUCGGUGUGUCGGUUUGGACUCGUGAUGUCGCAGUGCCCCAACCCCGAAAUCCACGAAUCACCUCACCUUCUCUGUCCUUUUCCUGUUCAGGCCAACAAAGCCCGGCAAAUGCCUACUUCCCCACUUCCCAUUCUCCUUCUGCCCCUCUGCACAAUUUAACAAGAGCUGCAUCACCCCCUGGCCCCUUUGCAUUCCCCAAAAAGCCCCAUACCCUACAAAGGUCUCUCUCCAAUCUGUCAGACAGAUCCACUAGCCCAACGCAGAGUAGACAUGGCGGACUGCGAAGUCAUAGGUCUCUCGGCUUUACCGGUAAUUACCAAGAUUCUUUCGACCAGCAGUCUGGUCUAACCAGUCCAAGGAGUGCACGGUCAUCCUAUGACAGUUCACCAUCUGGCUUCAGCCCUCGAGAAGAACUUCAGUCUCCAGUUUCACCCAGAAGGUUUAUCCCCUCAGGGGGAAACCUUGGUAGGCAGCAUUUCACCAGUGAACCUUGGCUGGAUGGACAGAUGCUUUGUAACAAGUAUAUUGGAAGUAGUUCCUGCACUUCUUCUCGAACCUCAUUUUCUCAGUCCCUCGACUGCUCUUUGGCUGUACCAGUCAGUCAAGAUCCAGAGGUGGAAGAGGGGAAUUGUCGGAGCCAGCUGAUUUAUGCCUAUGUCGGUGGACCUCCGCAAGACCCAAACUUCUACGUUUCCUCACCUCCAGCUGCCCACCACCAAUCCCAACUCAAAGCACCUCAUCAGGUCCCAGUAGCCAACGUAGGCGCUUCUUUACAGCCAAUAGCUUCAUCUCCGACCAAAGUGUCCAGCCUGAAGACGAGCUACGCCACAACAGUCAACCUCCAGAUUGCAGGGAGUGGUCGAAUAACAUCCUUCAGCACCGCCCACGUGAGUGUGAGCCAACCCUCGCAGGUUGGAUCAGGAUCUGGAGAACUUCAGAUAGGAAGACGAGUCAGCAUUAAUGGACUGUCACACACGUCUUCUCCUCUUCCUCAGAACUGUAGCCAGCAAUUAUGA